AAAACCAAACUCUCCUUGCCGACCGUCUCCUUACUACCCCAUCCUCCCACUUCUUACUCUCACUCACUGUACCGCACUCUCACUCCCCCUUCCUGGCUCCCAUUCGCAACGCAGCAGCAGCACAAGCAUACCAUCUGAUCUCUCUCCCUCUCCAUCUUCCCCAAAUUCUUAUUCCUCUGCAACCGCAGCGAGCGAUCGGUCGGAUCUCUAAAAGAAGGUUUAUUUAGCUACCCAUGACGAGCAACGACCAGCCGCAGCGGCGGGCCCGGCCGGGGCCGUGGCCGCCUGCUCCAGCUCCAUCGGGUCCGCCUCCGCCGUUGUCGUGGGCCAAGCGGACCGGAUUCAAGGGUAGGGUAUCCGCGGAGUCCAAUGCGAGCAAUUCCGGCCAGAUUGCUCUUCCCCCGCCCUCAUUGCCGCAGGUGACGGCGGACGACGAGGUCUUCACUGAACGACAGGCUCAUAUCAAGUACGAGCUCAGAGACACGCCCGGCCUCAUCCCCAUCAUGAUCUACGGAUUGCAACACUACCUCUCUAUGCUGGGUUCCUUGAUUCUAAUCCCUCUGGUCAUCGUUCCUGCGAUGGGUGGAACUGGCGAGGACACAGCAGCAGUUGUGUCGACGGUGCUAUUUGUGUCAGGUGUAACCACAUUGUUGCAUACUUCCUUUGGGACGAGGCUACCGCUUGUGCAAGGUCCUUCUUUUGUCUAUCUGGCGCCCGUGCUGGCACUAAUUAACUCCCCAGAAUUCCAGGGUCUUAAUGGGAAUAACUUCAAGCACAUAAUGAAGGAGAUACAAGGAGCUUUAAUCAUAUCCUCUGCCUUUCAAGCGAUAGUUGGAUAUACUGGGUUUAUGUCCUUGCUACUGAGGUUGAUAAAUCCAGUUGUUGUGUCUCCAACUAUUGCAGCUAUUGGGCUUUCCUUUUUCAGUUAUGGUUUUACUAAAGUAGGAACCUGUUUGGAGAUCGGUCUUUUACAAAUAUUUCUGGUCAUUGUCUUUUCACUUUAUCUUCGAAAGAUAAAGUUAUUUGGUUAUCGAAUAUUUUUAAUCUAUGCGGUUCCUCUUGCCCUGGGUAUCACAUGGGCUAUUGCUUUUCUUCUCACAGAAACUGGAGUAUACAACUAUAGAGGUUGUGACAUGAAUGUGCCUGCCUCAAACAGUGUAUCGCCUUACUGCAGGAAGCACGUACCAAGAAUGAAACACUGCCGUGUUGAUACCUCUCAUGCGUUAAAAUCUUCACCCUGGUUCAGGUUCCCAUAUCCUCUGCAGUGGGGCACACCUGUCUUUAAUUGGAAAAUGGCCCUUGUGAUGUGUGCUGUAUCGGUUAUUGCAAUAAUUGACUCUGUUGGUUCAUACCAUGCAUCAUCCUUGUUUGUAGCAUCAAGACCACCUACGCCUGGAGUUGUCAGCAGGGGAAUUGGUAUGGAAGGUAUUUCUAGUGUUUUGGCUGGCCUCUGGGGAACUGGACUUGGGUCGACUACACUUACAGAGAAUGUGCACACCAUUGCUGUAACCAAAAUGGGUAGCCGCAGAGCUGUUGAAUUUGGCGCUGUUGUUAUGAUACUUCUUUCUUUUGUUGGUAAAGUCGGCGGCUUUAUUGCUUCAAUUCCUGAUGUCAUGAUUGCUGCACUCCUUUGCUUUAUGUGGGCCAUGCUUACUGCUCUUGGCUUAUCCAACCUUCGUUACAGUGUGACCGGAAGCUCCAGAAACAGUAUCAUAGUUGGGUUGGCUUUAUUUUUCUCCUUGUCCGUGCCUUCGUAUUUUCAGCAAUAUGGGCUCAGCCCCAACGCAAAUCCAUCAGUUCCAAGUUACUUCCAACCAUAUGUUGUUGCGUCUCAUGGACCUUUGCGUACUGGAUAUGGUGGGCUUAAUUAUGUUCUCAACACAUUGCUAUCGUUCAACAUGGUGAUUGCAUUUCUCAUAGCGGUCAUACUUGAUAAUACUGUUCCUGGUAGCCGGCAAGAGCGCGGCGUAUAUCUAUGGUCGGAAGCAGAGGUGGCAAGAAGAGAACCAGCUGUAUCAAGGGACUAUGAGUUGCCUUUUAAAGUUGGGCAAGCAUUUAGAUGGGUUAAGUGGGUUGGCCUAUAAUGGAGCAAAAGCAUAUUUUGGUCAAGAAGUAAAUUGGCUACCUCUCCUGUUAUGAGUGUAUGUCUUGACAGGUUGCUAAAUAUAAGGAUGCAAACAUUCUUGGGAUGAUAAAUAUAAUGGUGUAGGCUAGUUAUCACGGCCAAUUAUAAUGGUCAUCUUUCAUAUGAUGUGUGGAAAAGGGCAUGCAGUGCAUCUCUCCUAGAGUUAUUCGGAGAGGAAAUCCUUGUGCGUGUGGGCAUUGAAGGGUUUUGUUCAUGUUUUUAGAUUUUAGAUCCUGAGGUUGAUUUCUGUACAGCAUAUACUAACUAGGAGUGAGCUGAAUCUUGAAGAAAGAUGGGUCUGUUUCCUCAUUUUCGGUUUUGACUAUGUACUUUUGUAUCAUGUUGCUUGAAAGUUAUUUUAUGAGUUAAUUUUGACUCAUACUGUAUUUGAGCAAUGCCAUUCCUAAGCCUCUUCAUUCCAAGAGGCUUUUGGGAUCAAAUUCCGCAUUUGUUGUUUAGUGCCGCAAAUUUCUGUCUUC